AGGUUCGUGACGCUCUCAGAGCUUCCACCCACAUCUGUACAUAAAGAGGCGCAUGCGCAGUCAAAUGUGAAGGCUAUCGUUAUAUUACUGAUAGGUGUUCAGUUCUCCGCAGUCUUCAGGCAACCACGGUCAAGAUGAAGAUAUCGUCUCUCCUACUUGGUAUUUUAUUUGCCACAGUGGCGGAAUCCGGGGCAGGUCUGCUGGACGAAGGACCUACUGCAGACACGAAGCAAUUCCCGAGAAAAGCGAGUUUACAUCUUCGUGAGAAAAGACAAGAGCCAAGUCCUAUCCUGUUUUCUGGAAGUGGUAUGGCAGCACCUGUUGCCGUCCACGAUGCCCACGGAGCCCAAGAUAGCAAUGGCAAAGAAAAGGAAGUGGAGCAUGAUGUAGGCGUGAAAGUCGACAUUAACGCUCACAAGAUCCGAUUUGCCUCCAUCGACAUAGACAUAGAUGUUGGUCGGUAAUGUU